GAGGCCUGGUAGGCGUGGCCGCGUGGGCGGGGCUCCUGGCUGCCGCUCGUGGCAGCGGCUUGGCUUCUUCUAGUUGGGCUCGAGCGCGAUGAGAGAAGGAGCGGCGGUGGCGGAAGCGCUGAGGAGAAGGGGGCGGAAGGAGGAGGGACUUACCAGGGUGCUUCCGGUCUGCGCUGGGGCGGGCGGACGCGGGCUGCCGGGUCGUGAAGGCCUCGUCGAUGUCCUGGUUCACAUGGCAGCAGUAAACUCGACUCCCCCCGGCUCUCUCGAUGCAAACCAGCCUGGGUUUCCAAAGGAGAUCUUGGGCACCGAAUUAGAGGGCAAAUACCUGUGUUCAGAGUGCAGGAAUAUUUUGAGGCGGCCAUUUCAAGCCCAAUGUGGUCAUCGCUAUUGCUCCUACUGCUUGAAGAAAAUUAUAAGCUCGGGGCCCCAGAAGUGUGCAGCCUGUAUUCAAGAAGGGAUAUACGAAGAAGGUGUUUCAAUUUUGGAAACUGGCUCUGCUUUCCCAGACAAUGCGGCCCGACGGGAAGUGGAGAGUCUGCCAGCUAUCUGCAUCCACAAGGGCUGUACGUGGAAAGGGACGCUCAAGGAAUAUGAGAGCUGCCAUGAGGGGAGCUGCCUGUUUGUGCUGGUCGCCUGCCCGGCAUGCCAGGCCAUGGUCACGCUGGGCGAGAAGGAGCGCCAUGCUGAGCGGGAGUGCCCCGAGAGAAGCCUCAGCUGCAAAUACUGCAAGGUCCUUUUCUACUUCCCUGAAAUUAAGGCCCAUGAUGAGGUGUGCCCGAAAUUUCCUCUCACCUGUGAAGGCUGUGGAAAGAAGAAGAUCCCAAGAGAAAAGUUUCAAGAUCAUGUCAAGACUUGUAGCAAGUGUAAAGCGCCUUGCAGAUUCCAGCCUGUGGGCUGCAGCGAGGUGGUGGAGAAUGAGAAACUCCCUGAGCAUGAGAGCCAACACCUGGGGGAGCACCUCUACAUGCUGCUGAGCUUCGUGCUGAGUCUGGGGUCCGAGUCCGGCAAGCUGCAGCCCCUGCCAGGCCUCCCGUCGGCAGAGUCUGGCUCUGCCCUGCUGGGGGGCAACCCCCUGGUCUCGGAGUCUGGCCUAUCCAGCUCCUUAGAACUCUUAGCGAAGUGUGACGCCCUGGAAAGGAAAACGGUCACCUUUGAGAACAUUGUCUGCGUGCUCAACCGGGAGGUGGAGAGGGUGUCGCUCACGGCCGAGGUCUGCAGCCGACAGCAUCAGCUGGACCAGGAGAAGAUAGAGGCACUCAGCAGUAAGGUGCGGCAGCUGGAGAGAAGCAUCGCCCUGAAGGAUUCGGCCCUGGCUGAGAUGGAGCACGUGAUCCGGGAGAUGGACGCCGCCUCCUAUGACGGCAUCUUCAUUUGGAAGAUCACUGACUUUGCCAGGAAGCGCCAGGAGGCAAUAGCCGGCCGCUCACCAGCCGUCUUCUCUCCAGCAUUCUACACCAGCAAAUAUGGCUACAAGAUGUGCCUACGCAUCUACCUCAAUGGGGAUGGCACCGGGCGUGGCACCCAUUUGUCCCUCUUUUUUGUGGUGAUGAAAGGACCCAGCGACGCCCUCCUGCAUUGGCCUUUCAACCAGAAGGUUACUCUGAUGCUGCUAGACCAGAACAACCGGGAGCAUGUGAUUGACGCCUUUCGACCCGACGUGACGUCCUCCUCCUUCCAGCGGCCUGUCAGUGACAUGAACAUUGCCAGUGGCUGCCCGCUCUUCUGCCCCAUCACCAAGAUGGAGACCAAGAACUCUUAUGUGCGCGAUGACACCAUCUUCAUUAAAGCCAUCGUAGACCUCACGGGCCUCUAAAGCCUCCUUGUCUCACCUGGAUCUAGGAGCUGAGGCAUGCACAUUCCUCCUUCCUUGGGAAUUAUGGAGAAGGGGAGAUGGGGGGCAACAUGCAUUGCCCCAGAAGAAAGGACCUGCUCUAUUGGGUGAGGAAGCGAGCAGCUCCAAUGGACACUUUGUUUGGCCCUGGAAUGACCAGUAGUGCCGUAGCAAAGUGUGUUUGGUUGGGCUGAUUGGGGCUGAUGUCUGAAGGUGGUGCCUUUCCCAACGGGAAAAAUCUUCCUUGCUGAGUUCUGUCAUUCUCUGCUGCUGUCGUGCAGGUGGGAGAGAGGCAGGCGCAGGAGCGCCCAGAGGAAGUGGCUGGCUGGCCACGUUGGGUUUAUGUCAGCAGAGCCGUUUGGGAGAUGGUAGCGAUUGGGCAGCGACUGGUGACCGUGUGAGAACUCUUCAGAGGCUGGUGAAGGCGGGGGGCUUUUCAGCCAGCUGUCCUUUCUGGAGCAGAGCACAGAUGAAGGAGGCGGAGCAAGAGCUAAGCCUGUCUUGGCCCACCAUCUGUUUGCAGCUCCCUCAAAGUGGCAGCCAGAGUGGAUCGGGGUGGCUUGUUCCUCUCCAGGAGAGAGCAGAGAACAGACCGGGUGGCUGAUGCUUUCCUGGAGCCAUCCAUUCCUCCCGUUCCCCAGUGGAGACUCCCCAGAAUGGCCGUCAAGUGGGGGAGGAGAAAGAAAAAGCUAAAGAUUUCAUAGAUCUCGUCCAAGGUUUUCUUAAAUAAAAAUUAUUGACCUCCGUUUCCCUGGGGUUCUGAGCAUAUAACAAAUGAACAUUCAAAACCCCAUUUUGAUAGAAUAUAGCAGACUCCGGCCACUCCUACCCCUCUUUUUUUUAAGUGCUGCAUGUUGUUGACAGCUUCAUCUGAAGGUCUCCUGAUUCUGUUUGCUUGCCCCUCUGCCGUCCCCUCCAGCCCCCGGUGUGUUCUUUUCCUCCUCGUAGGAGGAAGAGGAGAUGAGAGAGCUGGAGACACAUGCACGUGUGGGAAGGGCGUUGGGCAUUUACUUGAGAUUUCCAGGCUGUCUGGGGACAGCUGGCAGGCAGAUGCAUGGGGUAUGUGUGUGCCGCUGCUAGUUCCCCAAUGGGGCAGCCGCGUGCAUCUGCUGCUGCUGUAGCCGGUCCGUGGGCUACCUGCUGAGCGCUGGAGCCUUCUCCUCCCAUCACUCCAGGGCCCCACCACGUUCAUAUUCUUUCCAGGUGGUACUCGGUUCUGCCAACUGCAUUCGCCUGUGGGCAUCUCUGACCCAGCAGCUCAGGUGGAAGAACCUGGGUGGGCUUGGGCCAUGCGCUCCUCUGGAGUCUCCUUGGGCGAGGACGGCUCUUGCAACGUGAAGGCCCUGCUAGUUUCCUCCCUCUAUUCUGCCUUCCUCUAGAAUAGGGGGCUGGUUGGGACUGAGAUGGGUGGCUGCGUGUUGAACCACAGCCCUGGGCUGAGCAAUUAACACAAGCUGCAUUCCCACAUGUCCAGGGAAGCCUGUUUUGUGGGAAGUGGCUGCAUUGAUGUGGCCGCUUCUGGAGGUGGGCACCUCUCUUCCAACAGUGGCCUUUGAGCUGCUUGUAGCUCUGUUUUUUAAAAAAAAUAAUGUCUUUUUGUUGGGGAGGGGGAUGCAUCCUCUCUUUCUGGUGUUGCAAGGUAUCUAUGCACAUCUGGUACAGAGCUGUGUAUAUACUCUGUGCGUACUAAUUUUUUUCCCCCCAAUUUUUGCCUCCUAUGAAAAGAAAAGAAAAAAAGAUUCUGAUCUUUGAAUGAUUGCUGGUAAUAUUGUUAUCUGGCCAGCUCUGGUGCUUUUCCAUAUGACCCAGUCAUGUGCGCCACAGAAUUGCCUAAAUAAGAAUAUGGGUGCCGAGAGUGGGAGAUACCUGAGGGUUUCUCCCCUGCAGAGUUUUAUCCUGCCAGCCAUCGGUGGGUGCAAGGAACUGUACAGAACUCAAAGCUAUCUGUUUUUGCAAACCUUGUUCUGAGACAUUGCCAGAGGUUGCUCAUGUAAGAAAAAAAAAGGGGAGGGGAGGCAGUGGCAGGGAGAAAUAAUGCAAAGGCACCCCCUCAGUUUUUUUUAAUAUUCUUAAAAAACCAACCUAUGGUAGAGUUGUGAGGCUGCCAAACAGAGCUUGCCACUUCACAUGAUGGUAUUGCAUGUAUGAAUGCUCCUCUGCACUCUUUAUGCAAGCAGAACCCUAGCUCAACAGGACUAAGGUAGACUAGACCCUUUUCUCAGGCCUGAUGUGCUAGUUUGUUGAACUUGUGGACUUUUCCUCUUUGUUUUUUGUACAUUGCAGAUGGAGAAUUUGUCAACAGUAUUGCCCCUCUGCAGCCUGAAGAGGCACAGGGCUUCCCCUACCACUUUUUUCUAGGGCAGCAUUCCCUAACCUAGUGCCCUCCAGAUGUUUUGGACUAUGUUGAUGGGCUGGUGGGAGUUGUCGCCCCAAACAUCUGGAGGACCCCAGUUGCAGAAGGCUGUUGUGGGCUCCUCUCCUGCUGCCUCAUUCCACUUGGUCACUCUGGGCUCCUUCUUGGAGGAAGUGCAGAGGAUACAUUUAAUAAAUAAAUACUUCUGUGUCCUUGUUGCUCAUCAGCAGUGGAGGGAGGGGAGAAGUCAAAUACUGGGGUGUCUUUUAAAAGAUAAAUGGGGAGAAGUUCUCCCACCCCAAUUAUUACACUCUGUAUCCGGCCCCUGCUGAAAGCGGUGCUGAACUAAGCCUUUGCAACGUAUAGUUCUUUGCAGUUACGGCUUCACCUGUCCCCUGCCUGGCCUCACCUGCGUGACCCAAGUUGGGGGGCCUUGUGGGCCUCCCCCCCAAACCUGAGGAAGACAUAUGCUCACACCCUAUGCUGGAUUCUUAAGAAUUUAAAUUUGGCUGUCGCUUCCCUGGAUUUUUCUUCCUUCAUCUCCUCUGCACCUGCCACCAAAUUUGCCACUUCCUACAAUCUUGGCUUUUUUAAAAAAAGAAACCCAUGUGGUGUGUCCCCCCCCCCCCGGUGACUGGUUUUUAACCUUUUCCACCAGGAAGGAAUAUUCUGAAAAAGCUGCAUUUCCGUGCCCACUCUCUGUCUGCUUGUAUGGAGGGCUGUGCCUUGCCAUUCUGCCUGGAUGCGUGUCUGCCUUAUCCUUCCUUUUCCCUCUGCCUGCCCCCUUUGAGCUCUUCCAGAUAAACAGAAGAGGGAGCCGGCAUCCCUAAGUCCCUCUAUUCUGUCUGGACCAAGUGACUUGGUUUGUGCCUAGAUGCAGGGACAAGGGAGUUUUGCUCCGCCUGUGUGAGGGUGCCUAACCAUGUGCUGGCCCAGUGUGCAACUAGUGCCAACCUCUCUUGCAGGAUCACUCCUCGCCCUCCUGCCUCCCUCCUCUUUUGGAUUUGAGCGCAGCCAGUUUAUUCAGGGCUGUUCACCGUUGCUCUUUCAAACAUGGGUUCCCUGCUGUCAACUGAGGCCACCAGAGACAGUGGAUUGCCACCCUCUGUCUGCCUUUGCAUAUUUGCAGGGGAGGAGAUUUGGGGAGGAGGUACCAGACUUGUGCCGGCCUUUUUCUCCCCAGACUUGAACAAGUGGCUUGUUCUGGGCUAAAUAUAAAACAAGGCCUGUUUCUGUUGUGAAUUACAUUUAGUCUCUUCUGAAAGGAGACUGUGCAUACCAGUUGCGUCUCUGAGUGAGUCGUUCUGAGUGUGGCUUGUCAAGAGUGUAGCGAAUUCUGCUAUUUUGGGAGCAGUUGAAUGAAUCUGGUGUGAAUUCAGUAUUUCUGGUGGUGCAAUUUGGGAACUGCUAUUCAAGGAAGCAAGGAAGAUGCUUUCUAGAGAGAGAAGAAAACUGAAUGGCCCGGCUUCAGCUACAGAAGGGGAAUGAUAUCAUAAUAAUAAUAAUAAAAUUUUAUUUAGCAGACGCCCAUCUGUCCGACUGAACGGACACUCUGGGCGACGUACAAUAUAAAAUACAAUCUGCUCAUAUACACAAUCAUCACAUUAUUAAUAUCAUAACAUCUCAUCUGAAGACCAUCUUACAUUAAUACAGUGUCAAACCUAACCCACCCCAGAGAUCCCAGAGGCCUGCCUGAAGAGCCAGGUCUUCAAGGCUCGGCGAAAAGUCAGCAGGGAGGGGGCAUGCCGAAGGUCAAAGGGAAGUAAGUUCCAGAGGGUGGGGGCCACGAUCGAAAAAGCCCUCUCCCUGGUCCGCACCAACCUAGCUGUCUUAGUCGGUGGGACCGAGAGAAGGUCCUGUGAGGCUGAUCUUGUUUGGCGGCAUAUUUGGUGAUACUGGAGGCGCUCCUUCAGAUAAACUGGGCCGGAACCGUAUAGAGUUUUAAAGGUUAAAACCAACACCUUGAAUUGGGCCCGGUAUACAACUGGCAACCAGUGUAAUUCAAUCAACACUGGGGUGAUAUGAUCGCGGCGGCGGGUCUGCUUUAUUAAGCGUGCUGCCGCGUUUUGUACCAGCUGGAGUUUCCGGACCGUCUUCAAGGGUAACCCUUGAAUGAGGCUGUCUUUCUCUAAACUGUGGCUUCAGUUGGAACCUGCCCCUCCCUUUUCCCUCUAAGAGUAAUCAGGUUUACAGAGUGCCUCAUUCUGGACGAAAGUGACUGUAGUUCUGACUGCGGAAAGCAGAACAUGAGCCAGUGUGCUGUUGAUCUAGAAGAGGGCUGGCUUGCUGGGGGCUGUUAGGCCAAGGGUCUUCCUCCUUCCCGGGAAAAGCACUGAUUGUUCCACGUUCUCUAUCAACUGCUUUGUGAAAAGGCAGCCUCUGGAGAAGGGCCAGGCUUGCACUCACCUGUGCUAAUUUUGUUCUUCAUAUUGUUAUUUCUGCAACCCUGUGUAAAUACUUGUACAAAUUUGCAUGCCAUUUUUAGUAUUUUGCACUAUUAUCCCUCUGCUAGUCGUGGAGAAUGGCAGGGGGUGAUUUAAGGUGCCAUUGCCCUCCUCCUCCUCUGUCACUUUGGCUUCUGAAGGCCACUAGUCUUUGUCCACACUUCCAGGGCAUGUUUCUGCAGCUAUAAGGGCUAGGAACUUGCUUUUUAAAACUAAAAGUUGGAAUUCUCAGGGAGCCUGAAUUCUGCAGAUAGUACCACAUUGUGUAGCUUUUUCAUGCUGCAGUGGAUCUGCUUAAUGGGGAAUGUGCCACCAGAGAGUAUUUUUCAGGUGAUAAAUUGCAGAGGCCUACUAAUGGUCAUUAAAAAGGGGGGGGCACGAGCGCGGAUGGAGGUAGGGGAGCUGGGAGGUAAGAGGGAAUAAGGAAUUGUACUGUUUUAUUGUAGUAAAGCAAAAAACCUUAAUAAACUACAUACUUUUAAAA